GUUCUUAUGUUGCAUCUCUCUGUAUGAGCACCGGGGACGUGUCUACGAGAGAGAGAGAGAGAAAGGCUGACUGGAGGCACAUAACUCUCUGUAGUGUCUGGGUUUAGUGUCAAUCCUGUCCCAGUCACUGAUCCCCUUCCCCAUCCCCAACCGAUGUUCACUGUCGCUGUGUGAGGGUGUGUCGGAGUGUGGUGAGAGUCACAGUCAGAGAGUCCAAUGUUUGCAGCACAGAGACUUUGGCCCAACUUGAGAGCGAGAGGAUUUAAGUAUUGGAGCAUGGGUGUCUUGCUGUAGUUAUACAGGGCCUUGGUGAGACUGGGCAGUGUACUGUGUGCAGUUAUGGUCUCCCAGUCUGAGAAAAGACAUUUCUUGCUAUUGAGGGAGUCCAGCGAAGGUUCACCAGACUGAUUCCUGGGAUGGCAGGACUGACACAUAAGGGAAAGGCUGGAUCGACUGGGAUUGUACUCACUGGAAUUCAGAAGAAUGGGGAUGGUGGAGGGGGAGUCUCUGUAGAAACAGUAGAUGGGACUGGACAGGCUAGGCGUGGUAGGAAUGUUCCAGAUGUUGGGGAAGUCCAGAAGUAGGGAUCACAGUCUAAAAAUAAGGCGUAAGCCAUUCAGGACUGAGAUGAGGAAGAAUUUCUUCACCCAGAGCACUGUGAACCUGUGGAACACUCUCCCACAGGAAGUUGUAGGGGUCCGGCUGGGCUUAACCGACACAGCGCCGACGGGGAAAAUGGAUGGUUCGGUCAGUCGCGAGGCCGAAGAGCCGAGGAGCCUGGGCCCAGCAAACGGCGUGGGGGUGAAGUACCGACGGGCUCUGGACGGAGGAGGAGGAGCAGCUGGUGGGGGCGGUGGUUACUAUCGCCCCCCGGGCAGGGCCCCCGGGGGUGAGGGGGGGUACCACCGCCCCGUGGGUGGGUACAAUCGUGCAGCAGGGAAGCUGCAGCAGGGAGAUGGCAGAGUCCGGGGCUGUGGGCACGUCCAAUCGCAGGGAGACAGGAGGAGUUUCGGGAGACGCUUCGACCGGAAGCCGGCUGAAGGGGCGGCCAACGGCUUCGCCCGCAGGUGGAAGCCCAGGCCCCUGGGGAGGGGCUGCCCGGGGAGCCGGGUGACCGCGCCUCGCAACGGCGAAGGGCCGGAUUCCCCGGCUUCCCCAGACGAGGCGGAGGGGAGCGGGGGCGCUGGCGAAGAGGAGGAGGAGGAGGAGGAGGACGAGGAGGAGGAGGAGCAGGAGCAGCAUCGCUGGGCCCUGUUCAAACCACCAGCGGCUUUCCCCAUGGACAGCAGCAUCAGGAUCAGUUACGCCAGCAAACUGAAGGAGAACCUCAGUAUUGACUCGGCUGGUGCGGGGCGAGCAUGCGACAGCAGCGAAACUGGCCCCAGGCUGGGUCAGGGACUGAGGGCCAUCUUCCACAAUCAGUGGGGCCUGUCUUUCAUCACCGAGCCCGGCACGGGCAGCGACGGCUCGAGAGCCCAGCAGCGGGCUGGACUGAACUGUCAGCAGGCCCUGGAUCCUGGUCGGCUGGGAGGCCCCAGGCCAGAAACCUCGCCGCCCGCAAACAGACUGAGCCCCGACUGUGAGCAGUGGAGAGGCUCCGACCCGCUCCAGCUGCAGGAUGUCGUGCGGUACUUCUCCAGAGAAUGGGAUCGCAUUUGGGAGCGACACAAACGAGAACCAUCUGUGGUCGUGGUAUACGAAGAAUCACCGAACACCACUGGUCUGAUUGAGUGACACUGCUGUCUCCAGGCAAUGUGUGACAAAGCUUUGGAAACAGCGAGGAGGAGAGGUUGCAGGUCUGUGGUUUCCUCCCCACCCACCCCCCCGCCUGCUCUCCGGCACUGAACUGCACCUAUCAAAAGCAGGAAAGAGGGUCAAACUCUGAAAACUCAGGAUAACCAGUCGCGCAGCAAGUUUGGAAACGUUGCAGACAAGUGAUUAAAGGCCUGUUUUUUCCAAA